ACUAAAUUUCCAAACAACCUCUAAAUCAAAAUAUAUACUUAAAAAAAAAUACCAAUCAUCACUGCAAAAACCAUCAUACCAAGUUAUCGAACAUAGUUUCUUAUCCUUAUAGAUAUCCUCAAGGCUCAAACCACUAGUAGUUGCAGGGAAUUUCAACGAAAACUGAAAAUGUUACUAUUCAACAGUUUAUCAGUUUCAAUCCCAACAAUUUCAACGAUUCCCUCGAUUCCCAGUCAUUUGAGUAGAUUUGGCCGGCAUUACCAUCACCUCCUACGCGUUCCCCGCCCAUUUUCUUCGAAUCCGCUACCCAUUGUUACAAAAAACCAAAAGCCCUUCUUCUCUUCGGCCUUGGUAUCAACUGAAGAAGGCAAUACAGAAGUUGAAUUUCAAGUGUUAACUGCCAUCAACAGUAUAUACAACGACAUCGUCAUCGUAGAUACAGCUGAAUCACGAAUGCUCCUCCUUGACUCUACUCACAAUGUUCACAGCAUCUUUAUGAAAGGACAGACAUGGACUGGUUCAUAUUGGGAUGAAUUUGCUACCUUACCAGCUAUUAUUCCAGAAGGCCCAAUUGCAAUUUUUGGAUUGGGUGGUGGAACAGCUGCACAUUUGAUGCUUACGUUAUGGCCUUCACUGCAGCUUCAUGGAUGGGAGAUUGAUGAAAUUUUGAUUGAUAAAGCAAGAGAACAUCUUGGAUUAUCUGAUCUUGAAAAGCAUACAGAAGAUGGUGGUGUUCUUCAUGUCCAUAUUGGUGAUGCACUUUCUACAUCAAGUAACAUUCCCGGGGGGUAUGCUGAAUUCUUUUCAGGUAUUGUUAUUGAUUUGUUUUCUGGUGGAGAGGUUUUGGCUCAGUUGCAAGAGGUGGAAACCUGGUUGGAAAUUAAUAAAAAGUUGAUGCCAAAUGGUCGGCUUAUGGUGAAUUGUGGUGGCAGUAGUGAUGCUAUAUGGGAGAAAAAUUCCACCAUUAAUGCCAUGUGCAAAGCAUUUCCAGGACAAGUAAAUUGGAAAAAGAUGCCAAAAAGUGAUGGUGAGAAUUACCUUGCAUUCACGGGUCCUUUACCGGAUUUGAGCAUGUGGAGUGUUGGUCUUCCAGAUAGAUUGAGCUCAAGCAUUAAGCAAUGGACCUCAUGUUUUCCUUCAUAAUUAGACUCUUGGCAAAAGACGACUACGACUCCUCAAUUCCUUUUCGACCUUAUUCAGAGAACUUCCAAUUUCACAUUACAGCAAUUAAACGAUUUUAAUCAUUACUUUCUAUUCUACAAUUGUAUUCUUCUUCAAUUUCUGUUAAUAUGUUCUUUUAGAUUAAUAUAGUAACAUACUUUUAACAAUAAACCUUUGUUUCUCAUGUUUCUUGUCAACCAACAAAUGUAAUCUUAGCUAAGAGGGUAUUAGAAUUGCUUCA